ACGUUUUGUAUUUACAUCCUUAUAACAGAUUCCUCCUCCGACCAGCAGGGGGCGAUAGAGGACCAACAGUCUGUUUCUCUGCAGACAGCAGAUCCAACAUGGCGGCCUCGUUUAUGCGGUUUGUCCGCGGAGGACUUGGAAGGAGUUAUAACAUUGCAAAGACUUCAUGUCUCCUCCAGCAGCAGGCCAGGCUGCAGAGCACCACCACUGAGACAGCCCCCACCGUCAGGCCCAAGGAUGCCGUCACUCACAACCAGCUGACAGUGUUCGGGGAGUACGUGUCAGAGAUGAUGCCCAAAUACGUCCAGCAGGUCCAGGUGACCUGUUAUAACGAGCUGGAGGUGAUGAUCCACCCUGAUGGAGUCAUCCCUGUACUGACCUUCAUGAGGGACCACACCAACGCUCAGUUCAGGAACAUGAUCGACCUGACAGCUGUCGACAUCCCGUCACGGCAGAACCGCUUUGAGAUCGUUUACAGUCUGAUGUCUCUACGCUACAACACUCGAAUCCGCAUAAAGACGUACACGGACGAGUUAACACCCGUGGACUCUGCGGUGUCGGUCCACAAGGCUGCCAACUGGUACGAGAGGGAGGUAUGGGACAUGUUCGGUGUGUUCUUCGCCAACCACCCGGACCUGAGGCGCAUCCUCACAGACUACGGUUUCGAGGGUCACCCCUUCAGGAAGGACUUCCCCCUCUCUGGAUACGUGGAGGUGCGUUACGAUGACGAGAUGAAGCGUGUGGUGGCCGAGCCCGUCGAGCUGUCGCAGGAGUUCAGGAAGUUUGACCUGAACACACCCUGGGAGGUUUUCCCCGCACACAGGGAGUCCAAAGAGGCCCCGGCUAAACUGGAGGCUGGAGAGGCCCCUGAGAAGAAAUAAUGCCCCCGUGUUUCAUCACCAGAUCUGUCUGAGUCAUUUUGGGAUCCCCAAACCCACCUGAACAAACCCACUUGAAAUAUUUAUGUAAAUAAAAACAACCUUAAAAGAGA